AGAGCUCCAGGUUCAGUCGGUGAUGCUGUUGACAGACAGCUCUGCGCGCGCAUCUAUGUGCAUCUGCGCUUGUUGGAGAGAGACCGAGUGAGCUGCAAGCAGCAACGCUUUAAACAGGGAAGCAGAGCCGCCGGAAGAAGCAGCAGCGGCAAGGUAGUAGCCUUAACUGGACCCAGGCGGUGUAAAUCACCAGCGGCACGAGCUCCAGUGACCGUGGGGCGGAGAGGAGGAGGAGGAGGAGGUGGAUGAGGAAGAGGUGAUACCUGCACCCAGACUCCUUUUACCCCGCCGCCUCCGUAGCGUCUUUUUCCUCGCCCCUCAUACCUCUCGGACCGCUUCCUCGUUAAGAUGGCUGACCCCAACAGCGACGGUGAGGCUCCGGAGAGCGCGCGCGGCUUCGCCCGCCAGGGAGCCCUGCGCCAGAAGAACGUGCACGAGGUGAAGAACCACAAGUUCAUCGCGCGCUUCUUCAAGCAGCCGACCUUCUGCAGCCACUGCACGGACUUCAUCUGGGGUUUCGGGAAGCAGGGAUUCCAGUGCCAAGUGUGCUGUUUUGUGGUCCAUAAGCGCUGUCAUGAGUUUGUCACUUUUUCCUGCCCGGGGGCUGACAAGGGACCUGCGUCUGACGAUCCCCGUAGUAAACACAAGUUUCGAGUCCACACCUACUCCAGCCCCACCUUCUGUGACCACUGUGGCUCCCUCCUCUAUGGGCUGAUACACCAGGGCAUGAAAUGCGACCACUGUAUGAUGAACAUCCACAAGCGAUGUGUCGCCAACGUCCCGAGCCUGUGUGGAACAGAUCACACGGAAAGGAGAGGACGCAUCUACAUCUCCGCCCAGAUUACAGACAACUCUCUCGCCGUCACCAUCAAAGAGGCCAGGAACCUGGUACCUAUGGACCCAAACGGCCUCUCAGACCCAUAUGUUAAACUCAAGCUCAUCCCAGACCCCAAGAGUGAGAGCAAGCAGAAGACGAAGACCAUAAAAUGUUGCCUCAACCCCACCUGGAAUGAAUCCUUUGUUUUUAAACUCAAAGAAACAGACAAGGACCGCCGUCUCUCAGUGGAGGUGUGGGACUGGGAUUUGACCAGCCGGAACGACUUCAUGGGUUCGCUGUCCUUCGGCAUCUCAGAGCUACAGAAACAAGGAGUAGAUGGAUGGUUUAAGCUGCUGUCCCAGGAGGAAGGUGAAUACUUCAGUGUUCCUGUCCAACCAGAUGGAGAAGACUGCAAUGAUGCACUCCGACAAAAGUUUGAUAGGGCAAAAAUAGGUCCAGGAAAACCCACGGACUCUUCCUCAUCUUCGGUUUACAAGUACGACAGUAACGGCAAUCAGGACCGCGUCAAGGUCACCGACUUUAACUUUAUCAUGGUUCUUGGGAAAGGCAGCUUUGGAAAGGUGAUGUUAGCGGAGAGGAAAUGUACAGAUGAGUUGUAUGCCAUCAAAAUCCUAAAGAAGGAUGUGGUGAUCCAAGAUGACGAUGUAGAGUGCACCAUGGUGGAGAAAAGAGUUCUGGCUCUGUCUGGAAAACCCCCGUUCCUCACUCAGCUGCACUCAUGCUUCCAAACUAUGGAUCGGUUGUAUUUUGUCAUGGAAUAUAUCAAUGGAGGAGAUCUGAUGUACCAAAUCCAACAGGUUGGCAAGUUCAAGGAGCCUCAUGCUGUGUUCUAUGCAGCAGAAAUUGCAAUUGGUCUCUUCUUCCUUCACUCCAAAGGCAUUGUGUAUCGGGAUCUGAAGCUGGACAAUGUGAUGCUGGACUCAGAAGGCCACAUAAAGAUCGCCGACUUUGGCAUGUGCAAAGAGAACAUGGUUGACGGCAUAACAACGAAGACUUUUUGUGGGACACCAGACUACAUUGCCCCAGAGAUCAUAGCCUAUCAGCCUUAUGGGAAGUCUGUUGAUUGGUGGGCUUUUGGAGUGCUGCUUUAUGAAAUGCUUGCUGGACAGCCUCCGUUUGAUGGCGAGGAUGAAGACGAGCUGUUCCAGUCAAUCAUGGAGCACCAUGUAUCUUACCCUAAAUCCAUGUCGAAAGAAGCUGUUGCUAUCUGCAAGGGGCUGAUGACCAAACACCCUGCGAAGCGCCUGGGCUGUGGUCCAGAAGGAGAAAGGGACAUCAAGGAGCAUGCCUUCUUCCGCUAUAUCGACUGGGAAAAACUGGAAAAUAAGGAGGUCCAGCCCCCUUUCAAACCAAAAGCUAAAUCUCGCAAAGAUGUCGGCAACUUUGACAAGGAGUUCACCAAGAUGGCGGUGGAGCUGACACCGACGGACAAGCUCUUCAUCAUGAAUCUGGACCAGAACGAGUUCCAGGGAUUCUCCUACACCAACCCUGAGUUUGUCAUACAAGUCUGAGGACAUCCCUGUGGAUAGACGAGGCUCAAAACUAAACAACAAAAAAAUCAGCCCAACUACAGUACUGUGUAAAAGUUUUAAACAGCCCCUGAUACUUACAAUAAACAGCUAAACUGCCUUAUUAUCUUAUAAAGUCCCCCCCCCCCCCACACACACACACACACAUACACAAAUACACACUUUUUAAAGGGCUUUUAAGGCUUUUCUUUGGACUUCAGCAUCUUUUUUUUUUUUUCGCUUAUAUUAAGUUCAUGAUGGCAUCUUUUGACAUGUUUACGCAAUGAAUGAAAUGUUAAAUACCUCUAUUGAGAAUCAUUAGCACUUGUGUGUUAAAGAAAGCAAACUUGCAGUUUGGGCCAGAAAAGAUAUUUGCACCUAAUCCUCCUGCAGGUGCAUGAGUUGAUGGUACACAUUUUCAUUCAAGAUGGAUGAAAGCUGCUUGUUACAAAGGCUGCAUUUGUAGUUGACUAAUUCACUAAAGCCCUUCGAUUAUUAUGUUUUAAAAAAUUUGUAAUACAAAAAUUUGCAAGAGUAAGCGGGCAGCUUGCUCCAAAUUUUUCUAAGCUGGUCCGUGUGCAGAAAUGUACUUCUUUCUUGGUAAUGGAAGUAAAAAGCACACCUUAUGAGUUUAAAACCAAGCUUUGAUAAUUGACUAACCAGUUAGUAGAUUUUGAUAAGAUGAAUUGCGACUAAGGAUUGAUGAAACACUUUGUCAAAUCAUCAAAUGUAGAUAUUUAUAUCAGCUUGGAAGAAUGUAUUUUUCAUGGUACAGGCCAAAGAAAAGUCGGACGUUUAAUUAGCGACCUAUUUACCAAGUGGAGCUUUGGAUUUCAGGCUGCAAGCGGUCUGUUAUAUCAAAGACAUUCAGCAAAUAAAACCGAGGAAAAAAAAAAAAAGAUACCAGUGUUUUUAGGUUUCCAAGUAUAUAGCUAAAGCAAUGAAAAUAAAAAAAAUACAACUUUAUGAUGAAUAAAACAUCUGCUGCUAAGAUGACAUGUAAUCAGCUUUUUAACUGGUGGGAAUUAAUUCAACUUUAUUUGACUGAAAGUAUUGAUUUCCAUAGUUUUCUAAGAUAAGGGCAAAACAAAGUGUUUUUACAGCACAUAAAGUCAAUAUAAUGUUAUAGCAAACUUGUCUUUGUUAUCAAAACGUCACAGAUCCAAUAGAAGCACAGACAGUUUUACUGUGCAGCAGGAUGGUGGCCCAGAAAGCUGAAAUCUGUUAGCGAGAGUUUACCAGCUUAACUACUGAAUCAGCCACCCAAGAAAACAGCUGAAAGACCAUAAAAGUGGAAAUAUUUGACAAAAAAAAUUGAGUGAUGCAACAUCCUCAGGUUGUGAGUGUAUAAGCUGAUAACUUUUGAGGAAUUACUUUCUUUUUACAGUUUUCUAUCUCCUGACCCACAGUGUGUUUCAAAGCUGUAGUGAAAGACAAAAACACCUUUGUAAAAGGCUUGUAGUACUGUAAAAUACCCAGAGAUAUUUAGUCUGGUAUUUUUGAAACAACGCUGGUUCAUCCCCUUUUGAUUUAAGAGUAAUCUCAUUUGCAACAGAUUUUUUUUUUUUUUUUUUUUUUUUACAAAGGAGGCUCUUCUAAAAUUCCUGUAUGGUAAGCUAGAAACAAAGAGGUAAAAGGAUGCUAAAGUCUGAAGAAAACUUCAAACCAUCUUCAGAAAACAUACAGGAUGGUUGAUGAACGUAUUAAAUUGGUUUAUAAGAACACAUCUCCUUAGAAGCAAGUGAUUAAAAAUACCGGUUGAUUAAAGUCUUUUGCACAGUACUGUACAUUUCCCUCCUUAUUUGUUAACCUUUUUCAGAAAGUCAAGCCGACCUCAUGUCAUUAAAACAUUGAUAUUUUCAAACCGAUCCUCAGAAGCACUGGCAGUAAGUUGUAAUCAUAUAGAUGACUUUUCUUCUAAAACAUGAAGAGCAGAAAAGGCCUGAGAUGAUGAUCUACCAGGGUGGUGGCUGCCGUGUCUCCAGGAAACAGCAGCAGUUGAUAACAUUAAGAGGACCUUUGCCAUAAGCGGAUCAAGAUUUACUGCAAACGUGUAGCUUUGUGUUCUGUCGAUCAUGAAGCAAGUGUUUGUUUACUUGAUUUCCUUCUCCUCUGCUGCAGAGAAUGACGUCAUGAACAUUUAGUCAUUGAUAAAUCAAACAUGUCUGUGCAGGCAGCCUUUCAGAGAAGGGCAAGAUUCAGAACUAGGACUUGUAACUUCAUGUCUAAGCUAGUCCUGUACUUAGUCUUAAGCAUGUCUCGUCUUCCAAGUUGAUGCAAAAAAGAAAAACUACUCUUUUUCACAUGUCCUCAUGAUUCUCUUUGUAUUGCAGUGGGUUAGUGAUGUACAAGCUUUGACAGUCCUUGUGGUGGAGCUCCUCUAUGCAUGCCAUAUCUGUUGAUACUGUAUACUAUUUUUAUUUAUUUUUUUGUCAUAUUUGAAGUGAAGACACUGAGUUGUCCUGAAUGUAUUGAUCCAAGUUGUCUCUUUGGGCUAAAAUCCUGCUUUAGUUUCUACUCCUAAAUGCUGAAUUUAUGUUUUUUCAAAGGUUAUAUGGAGAUAAUGAACUUAUACGACACUAACUGCAAAACUAGACGUAUACCUCUGUAAGACUUGUUUCUAUGUAUGUGUAAAUAUGAAGGAGAAAUAGAAGUAGGAGUGUUUUUUUCAUGUAAUCUCACACUUCUCUACUAUUCUUCACUGUCCAUUUUGUUUUUGUUUUUUACAAUGAUUCCAAGUUUUUUUUGCAAUCCUGUUAUCCCCUCUCUCUUCUUUGUCUUCUAGCUUUACAUAUGCACUUUAUUUUUUUAUAUUUGUUCCUUCCUUCUCAUUCCCCACUGGCAUACUUACAGUGAAAGGUAGUGAAAUGAGAUUAAAAACCUAUGGGGAAGAGGAGAGAUUUACUAUGCAAAAGGCAGAAGCUCAAAAGGAAAAGAAGACAAGCUGAAGAAAUAAAAGGACACUUUAGAUAUGAUGCAUGAAUCAUCUUUAUCUGAAGAGACAAAUAUUAAAAGCAUUAAAAGGAAUCCUCAUGAAAUUA